AUGAAAGCCAAGAAUCAAUAGGAUGAAGGAGUUCUUGAGGAAGACCUUGCAAAAACAAAAUCUUAAUUAGUAUACAGGGAUGUAAUUAAUUAGGAUUACUUUCCAAAAUGGCAAGAAUUGAAACUGCUAGGAAAGAACAAUCUCGAAGAUCUUAUCCUUCUUGUGUAAUAUGGGAUAAUUAGUAACAAGAGGAAAUAUAAUAAGUAUUUAUGUAUAUGGUGGAUAUGAAACUAAUGAAGGAAUUUUGGAUGAUU